AGAAUUUUUUGUUUUAUUUUUUUUUACUGACGCGAGUGUUUGUGUUUUAAUUGUAAAUUUAAAAAAAUAAAAACAAUUCAACGACUUUUCAAAAAACUAUAAUCAUUUAUAAAAAAAGUUCAAAGUUUUCAAUAAAAUCGAAAAAAGCAAAGAAUCGACAAUUGCCCAGAAUAGAAUAGCAGCGAGAAAAGAGCUGCAAAAAGCUUGAAGCCGUGAAUGAGUGUAAAAUAAAAUGCAAAAAAAAAAGAAAUAAAUUAAAAAAGUGAUUAGUGUGUUUCAAAUGAAAAAUAAAAAGUCAUGUAAUGUUUUUAAUACAUAAAAUACCUCAAAUUCAAAGUAAAUUCUAAAAAAAAGUGCUUAAUUUAUAAAUUUCUCAAAGAAAUUUCCAAAUUUUUGUUAAAAAAAAUCAAACAUGUCUCAACAUUCCGCUGCUUCUACUCCUAAUACUACUACGAGUACAACAACUAAUGUUACUACAACCUCCACUACUCAAGAGGAGUCGUUGCCGACAACCGCUAAACCGGGUUCCUCUUCCACGGGCUCUUUGAAAAAACAAAAAAAUAAGGAUACAGAAGUAACCUUAACGCAUGAUUUUGUUUUAAUGUCCACCCCUGAUAAAUUCAAGGAUAAAAAUGUCAAUGACUGCAAAGUCGUAAAAAGGCAUCGUUGUGACUCAUCACUAAAUGAAAAAAUAAAUCUCGAAUGUCUGCUCUUAUCCGAUACAUCUGCAGAGAAUGGUGUUCCUCGUCAUGUUGAAACUGUUUUGCAACAUUUUAAUAAUUUACAACUAUGCCAGGCUGAGUUAGUAUUUUUGUUGGUUUAUAUUGUGGCUUUAGAAUCAGGAUUUGCCUAAUCUAGUAGAUGAUGAACAGAGCAAAUUGCUUGCAGAAGGGUUAACAGCCACAAGUUCAUUUCAUGCAAAAAAUAUAUUACAUUUAUCACGCCACAAACCCAACUACAGCUCAACAGAUACUAAAACAAGAUUCUCUAUAAAAUUGUACACUCUGUUAGAUGUUCAACAAGCUUCUUAUAAUGAUCUUUAUGCUCUACUCACUGGUUUUGUUACGGGUGAUCUUUUAAUCGUAACUUUAACACCAGCUCCCAAAACAGGUGCCAAAGGUUUUAGUACAACUCUGUCCAUGCCACGUUAUGUACUCUCCAUGCAAGCAAAAAUAAACCUUUACAUCAACGUUUUCGUAAACUGGAUGAACUCUCUUAUAUUUUGCGUGAGAAAUUAUUUGUACCCAUGCGCUGUCAACAACUUAACUGGUUGGAAUGCUGUAUUUAUCCCUCUCUAGAUGGCAUGCCUGCAGAACUUUAUGAUCAUAUUCUGAAAUAUUUAAGUAAAAAUCAAUUAAAAUA